GACUCUCAGUCAAGUCUUCCAUUUCUUCAUUUUCUGUAGUUGCCCACUUUUUAGUUCUAAAUAUUAGCUAAAUUUUUAGUCUCAUUAGCAAUUGUUAAAGAAAAAAACCAUGGUUUUCUUACUUACCAAACAAAACCCAUUUCCAUGCAAUUCAUAUUUCAGUUCCUGGUAAUGUUUUCCAUUCCAAGAUUUGAUCUUUGUUCUCUUUUCCUUUCUGGGUUUGAUUUUUAUGAACAAAAAAAUUGAUUUUCAUCCUCUCUUUUUUUGUUCCAAAAGCUCCCCAAAAUCUACCGCUUCUCUUAUAUAUAUCUGUGUUAAAGACCCAAACUUCUUUUAAAAGAUAUAUACAUACAUAUAUGUGUGUGUGUGUUAAUUUCCCUGUACAAGAUUUGAUCUUUGUUCUCUUUUCCUUUCUGGGUUUGCUUUUCAUGCAAAAGAAAAUUUGAUUUUCAUCCUUUUUUUGUUUCAGAAGCCCCUCCCCCCCCCCCCCAAAAAAAACACUGUUAUGUAUAUAUAUGUGUUAAAGACCCAAACUUUUUUGUUUUAAAUAUUUUUUAGCUAUAUAUAGCAAACCCCAUUUUUCUAUUUUCACCAAAAUUUUGUUUUUGGUCCCCAUGAAAGGAUCAAUUAGACCAUUGCUAAGCAUUCUAAUGCUUGUUGUAUUUGCAACAACCUUAACCUUCCGGAUUUUCAUCUACGGCCGCCGUGUCUUCACGGUGGCAGCAACCCAACAACCCUCACCAACCCAAACUUUCAACUCUACUUUGCUCAACUUUGCAGCCAUUGAUAUAGGUGAAGAAAAAUCCAAGCUUGAAAUAGACCAAUUAUUAGAAAGGAACUAUGACAAUGAAAGAAGAACUACAGGUUAUACAACAUGGAGAAGGUUCAAUCACUAUGAUGCCAAAGCCAAAGCCAAAUCCAAAAGGGAUAAUAAAUUGUUGGUAAUGUUCAAAUCCCCAAAAUUUCAUCAUUAUUGGUUAGAUUUUAGAAGGAAUUUACAAGAUUGGGCUAGAAAAAAAGUGUUUCAACCUAAUAUAAUGAUGGAAUUAGUUCAAUUAGUGAAGGUACCUAUUGAUGGUUAUAAUGGUUUCAUUGGUACAAAUAAGUAUAAAUCUUGUGCUAUUGUGGGAAAUAGUGGGAUUUUAUUGAAUAAAAAGUAUGGGAAUCUGAUUGAUGAUUAUGAGAUUGUGAUUAGAUUGAAUAAUGCUAGAAUUAAAGGGUUUGAAAAACAAGUAGGGACUAAAACAAAUAUAUCAUUUGUUAAUAGCAAUGUAUUGCAUCUUUGUGCUAAGGGUGGUGAAAGUUGUUUUUGUGACCCUUAUGGACCUAAUGUUCCUAUUGUGAUGUACAUUUGCCAACUGGUUCAUUUCGCCGACUACGUGAUGUGUAACUCGUCCCAUGAGGCGCCGAUGUUGGUUACUGACCCGAGGUUUGAUGUGUUGUGUGCAAGGAUCGUGAAGUAUUAUUCAGUGAAACGAUUUGUUGAAGAGAUGGGGAAGACGUUGGAUGAAUGGGGACCGGUCCAUGACGGUUCGUUGUUUCAUUAUUCGUCUGGAUUUCAAGCUGUCAUGCUUGCUUUAGGGAUUUGUGAUAAAGUUGGUAUGUUUGGGUUUGGGAAAUCGGCUUCUACUGCGCAUCAUUAUCAUACUAACCAAAAGGCCGAGCUCCGGUUACAUGAUUACGAGGCCGAAUACGAGUUCUAUCAUGAUCUGGUAAAGAACCCACGUGCGAUACCGUUCGUUUCAGAUAAGUUCAGAUUCCCUCCUGUUGUAAUCUAUCGAUGAUUUUUGGCUUGUUUUGUCGUAAUCAUGUCCUAUCGGUAGUUUCCGAUUAGAUACUCGAAAAGGAACAUGUAAAACACGAACACUAACACGAUUGUCAAAGAUCUCUGUUUCAUGUUCUGGCCCUGUACUAGCAAACAUAGUUUACCGUUCAAGUUAUCCGUUUGCUUUUUUUC